AUGGCAGAUCAUUAUCACAAACCCGAGGUCGAAAAUGAAGAGGAAUCGCAAGCUGAUGCUGCAUUUGGUGGCGAGACAUAUACGGAGAUACCCGGAACCGAAGAAAGGAUGCCCACGAAAGGAGAGGCAAGGGAGCAUUCCACAGCUCAAGAGUCAGACCCGCAAGGACCGACCCAAAAGAAGAUGAUUGUUCUCAAAGACGCAGUGGGAAGAAAGCUCAACUUUCCAUUCGCCUUGGCCAAGACUUGGCGUGGAAUGGAAGAGCUGAUACACCAAGCCAUGCUCCACAUUGGUGUCAUCGGGGAUCACGUCAAGGCCGGCCACUUUGACUUGCUGGGUCCAGACGGCAAUGUGGUUCUUCCCUCCGUGUGGGAGCAUAGCGUCGAGCCAGGGUGGUUCGUUACGAUGCGCAUGUGGAAAGAUGCAGAGGACGCCAAGAAAAAAGGAGAAGAGGAUGUGAAAUUAGGAAAGGAUAAGGCGCCCAUUCGCUUCAAAGAUGCAGUCGGAAGAAAGUUCAAUUUCCCGUUCCAUCUGUGCCAGACGUGGCCGGGCAUGGAGGAAUUGAUCAAGCAAGCAUUUCUUCAUGUGGACGUCAUCGGCCCUCACGUCCAAGCGGGUCAUUACGAUCUAUUAGGCCCAGAUCAAGAGAUCAUCCUUCCGCAAGUUUGGGACAAGGUCAUUGAGCCUGACUGGGCCAUUACUAUGAUUAUGUGGCCAAUGGAACGGCCUCCGCCCGCUGGCCUUCAAAAUGGUGUUCCUCGGCAUCCAGGUUUACGGCCAGGCGGUAUGCAAGGUCCCGCUUUCAGGCCUCCCGGAUUGAGGCCGAUGGCUGGCGGCCCUCCGCCCCCUCCGCCCGGGAUGGGUUAUCCGGGGCCUCCGCCACCAAAUCCAGGCAUAAUCAAUGUCGCCCCCAUUCGCGAAAAGCAUAAAAAAAGUAAGACAAAUAGUGGUGGACUUGGUGCUUUUCUUUUUGGCAAACCAGCGAAGAAGAGCAGCAGCAAAAAGAAACCGUCGUUCCCUGAGUCUUCUUCUUCUAGUUCCGAAUCUGAUGAAAAGAUUGUGGAUUUGCCAUUAAAAAGGCGGCCGACUAGGCCGCCAGGGGGUGUGCCUCCAUUGCCAUCAGCCCUCUGGAGUGCUAAUGCGGCGAGAAGGACAACACAGCAGACGGCCAACCAUAGUCCACCGGCAUCAGUCAAAAGCAAGUCCUCGCGUCGAAGUCGCUCGACGAAAUCUUCCAAGAACCCAGACUUGAGUGAUGCCACAAGUGACAGCGACGAUAUGUACAGUGUCCAGCAAAAGGUGCGACAAAAAGCCAAGGAGAAGGAUCUGAUUGUGAUUUGUCGGCACACGAAUCGGUUCGGUACGUUUCGUCAACAAACCUUUCCCACAAUGGCGACAGUUCCGUUUUCGCGCCUGGAUAUCGACUCGGCUCGUGUUUACUGGCAAGGCCCGUCAACGACUACACGAGCAACGCUGGAGUUAGUCCGCAGCACCAAGGCACCUACGCCUCCCACGACUACAGAAGCAAGGUUGGACCAAGACACUUUGACACAGUUGAAAUGGAUACAUGCUGUUCGGCCUUCUUUAAGUCUCAAGGAGCUCGAGACCAAAUUUGCCCUGAUGCGUCAACUCGGCGGAUUGUGUAACACGGAUGCCAGAGAGAGCUCCUUCGAGUCGGUCUGUUUCGUGUCAGUCCCAACACUCCAUUCAAGUUCCUUGGGCUCUUCCAAGGUCGCAAGCAAUGGAGAUUUCUGUCGGGAACAGAAGUUGCACGAAGCUCUUGAUCAACUCAGCAGUGAUACGGGCCUAGACAGCAGUUGGCCACUCAGAAUAGGUUCAGAGAAAAUUGCAACGCACACGCUUUGGGUGCGACAGAGUUGGAUAAUGGUCACCAACGCAGGUGUACUCACUUACACCAGCCUUCAGCAGGAUGCCUUGAGAGGUACAAGUAUCUCCAUUCAAGAAGAUGUAUUACGUGGGGACGACGGUGAGCAGAUGAUCCAGGUCAUGGACGAAAUUCGAAGGCUGUUCUACCUGCCUGCCAAAAAGUGCAAGAGCUUCUACGAGCUCGAAAUCGCAGUUCGAGAAGAGCUAAUCAGGGCGGGAGACUUUGAUCUCGAUCGCGCUGAGCUUCAAUUUGAACUUUCCGAUGGGCAGACACUGACAGCAGCCAAAUGGGCUAAGCUUGUGAAGCUGGGAGAAAUUCCUUCACUAAAAGUCUUACAACCGCUUGUGGAGUUCUCUGAUUCGGAACAGUCGACUGUUGGCAGCCGGCGAAGAGAAGGAUCGGAUUCGAGCGACAGUGAAGGGCUGGGUGACAUCUAUUCUAUAUCCUCCGGUAAACCGUCAGAAAAGUCGUCUGGCGUCAAAAGGUCUCAGGGAUCCGUCAGCAGUACGACGCAGGUAGAUGAGCAAGGGUUCAUACUCCUGUCAUCUGAGCCAACAUUGAACACCCUUUACCUCGACCUACCAGAUUUGAACAAGAAGGUGCCACCUUUUCUGAGCUGGCUAAGCGAGGCAAAAUCUGGCCAGGAGCGAAAUGCCAAUAAAGGAUUCAGAGAGGGUAUAAUACGCACAGAAUUGAAGCUUGUCCGUAUUGAGGAUGAGCCUUUCACUGAUAGCCUUAUGGAGGACCUGUACCGGGCUUUGGGCGACACUGACAUCUACCACGAGACCGCCGAAAUGAACUUUGACGAUUUCGAACUGCACAGAAAAAAUCUCUUCAAGGAUAAAAGAAACCCUAGAUAUGAACCAACCUCGAACUUUUCGGCUGAGGAGCUUCUGGGAAUGGCGGAUGAGUAUUUCGAUGCAUCAUUACGUGUACUCGAAUCGUUCGUUUCAGCCCAAUUCAGAUCCACGCUGGUGGCCAAGUAUCUGUCUGCCCUAGCAAUGAUCAUGAAGGAUCCUACACGUAGUCUGCAACGAGAAGAGAAUGAGAAGGGCGCUGACGAUCCAGAACUUUCAGAUACUCCUGGUCGACAUGAUCAGCCAGCAUGGGUCAUCUCACGCACUAGGACCCAAGAAGACAGAAUCAAGUACCGCAGCCCAGUAGGUGACGAAGGAAAAUGCAAGGACUGUGACCGAGGCGUUGUGUACCACAGCGUUGAUAGAGCUACCACUCAUCUCCGCCGGUCCCAUCUCGUUGGCUCGGUUGCAGAGGCUAGACUCCGCUACUAUGUCGUGCCGGUAGCCUCAGCCUUCUCCGAGCGGCGGCAGGAGGAUCAAUAUGAUCUGCUACAGCAAAGUCGCAAUGCGAUGGCAGCCAUUUUGCGAAAGCUCGUCUAUAUCCAAGAUGGGGUUGUUUUCGAUGACGAAUUCCGAGAACAGCGGGGACUUCCACACCACUUUAUUGACUCCUUUAGAUGGAUAAUCGUCUAUGUGUGCACAGUACCGCAUAUAUUCCAUCAAAUCUCUUGGUUCUACAACGACGACUUGCCCCAAAAGAGCUCCAAACAUUUGACCAGCUUCAAGAUUCGACGACAGCUGAAUCUCCUAUCCAAAGUCGGUUUAGAGGCAGAAGCGCAGAUCCGACAAGCCGAAAGGGCCUUGAUGUCCCCUACCACUUUUUCAACCGAGGAGGCACCAGAAAGCUUUCUCGUUUCAGUUGGCCCACAGUACCUAGCGUCGCAGAUUAUCUGUAACCUCUUAAAGAUGCCCAUCCAUGACCAGAAGCAUGCUGCAGAUUUGUUCGAAGCAUACGCUAAUAACUUGAGUGGAAGGGAGAUGAAGAGCUCAAACAAGAGUCUGCACAUUCUAAUAAUUGAGCAGAGAUCUCAAGUUCUACGGCGUCCCAGCAAGCGUCAGAUUCUCAAAAUUGGCGCCCUCAAUGAUGAUUUGGACCUGAUCAGAAAGUUCUACGAAUGGCAGAAAGAGACACUGGAUCGUUUUGACGUUAUCAUCAAUCCAGCCACGUAUCCUGAAAUUGACAAGACUCUCGCGGAGCGUGAGAAGCUGUACAGCAUGGAGUACGAUAUCGUGCGGGGACAGGACCUCCGACUGGAUAAGGACCUCAAGCGUAUCGACAAGAUGCUCGUCCUCUGCACUUCGAUGAUUGAACAGAUCCGCGACAUGACCGAGAUUAUGAAAGAUGACCAAUCGCAGGUCAUCUUCAUCUUCACUACCGUGACCGUUGUGUUCUUGCCGCUCAGUUUCGUCGCUUCCUACGUAAGCAUGAGCGGCGGAGCCACGGGCCUAGACUGGAGUGGUCUACAGGUCUUGUUCUGGAAGGUUGCGGGUCCAUUGACGGCUGCCGUGAUCAUCUUUUGCCUCGUGGUGGCGCAGAGACGAAGACUGCUGCGGGCCCUCGUCGCGACGCAGCGGACGAGGCGUACGCUCGAAUGGAUAAGCGACAAGUCGCACAGAGCAUCUCGCGGCUGGAAACGAUUAUCUGCGAGGCUGCUGCGUGCAAGAAGAAAUCGUGGAGGUUCCAGUGAUGGUUCUUCUGAGACAACGACUGUAACUACUUCAUCAUCGGGCUCCAUCAUUGACGAUUAG